GUAAAACAUGCCGACACAAAGAUGGGUUCAUUGUUACGACCAAGCGGGGUGGCAGCGGCUGACUGGUAUUUUCCAUCCCGUCAAAUUGGGAACCUCAUCACCUGGCUUCAUAUCCCACGGUCCAGGGUACUGUUCUCCUUAUCAACAUCAAAAUCGCAAGGUACUUGUCGCAAGCUACUGAAAUCCCUCGAUUUGAUUGGUCAAGUGUCAAUUACGUCAUAGAUGACUUGCAUCUCUUAUCGAUGAUACGACGCGGAGCCUAAUUCUAUAUAUCUAGAUGAGAUUCGCUGCAAUAUUUCAUAUCCUGAUGCUCCUCUGUUUCUGAAUAAGCCCGAAGAAUUCUUUUAUGCGAAGAUUUUUGGCCCCGCAUGGCUUCGGUGGAGUUCAGAUAUCCCCUCCUAAUGAACAUCGAGUGAUUUACGCGCCAUAUUGGGAUCCGAAUGUAAAACGACCAUGGUACGAAAGCUACCAGCCAAUCAGCUACGGACUUAAUAGUCGCCGUGGAACCGAGCAACAGUUUGCGGAUAUGGUACGACGCUGCAACGACGUCGGAGUGAGGAUAUAUGUAGACGCUGUCGUCAAUCACAUGUGUGGAGAAGAUGCAGGCGUCGGGACGGGAUCCGGUGGAUCUGCCUAUAACACUGGCGAGUUUUCUUUCCCCGGUGCCGGGUACUCUAGUAAUGACUUCAACCAGCCGCUCAGUAGAUGCAAAUCCAGUAAUGGCCAAAUCACUAACUAUGGAGACAUUAAUGAGGUACGUGACUGUAACCUUGUGGGACUCCUAGAUCUGUACACAGGCAGCGAUUAUGUCAGGGGUCAAAUUGCAUCAUACUUCAAUAAAGUGAUUGAUCUAGGUGUUGCUGGAUUCCGUGUGGAUGCCGCCAAGCAUAUGUGGCCUGGCGACAUUGAGGCAAUCUUGGGCAUGACCAAUGACCUUAACACCGCCUACUUCCCUGCGAAUACACGACCGUUCUUUUUUCACGAAGUGAUUGAUAAGGGCGGGGAACCCGUCAAAGCACUAGAUUACAUCAAUUUAGGUAGAGUCACGGACUUCAUCUACGGGGAAUCCUUGGGUAACUAUUUCAAGAAUUCGAACAAUCUGGGAGAUUUGUGGGAUUUUGGCAAGGGCAAAGGCGCUCAUUGGGAUCUGGACAGUGAUAAGGCUCUGGUGUUUAUUGAUAACCAUGACAACCAACGGGGUCAUGGUGGGGGUGGCAACAUCUUGACACAUUCAAGCCCCGAUCAGUAUAAGCAAGCUGUUGCCUUUAUGAUGGCUUGGCCUUACGGUUUCCCUCGGAUCAUGAGCAGUUACAAAUUUAAUGAGGAUUGGCAAGGACCUCCAAGUGAUUUCGACUAUAACGUAAUAGAGCCGACAUUCAACGCCGAUGGGUCUUGCAGCGGUGACUGGAUCUGUGAGCAUCGCUGGAGGUCUAUCACGAACAUGGUCCGAUGGCGCAGCCAGGCCGGAAGUAGUUCCGUGGAAAACUUCCAGGGUGGCCAGGACUGGGUUCACUUUUCCCGAGGUAGCAAAGCCUUCAUCGCCAUCGCUCGUUACGGCACUUCCCUGAGCAAGCAGGUUCAAACGGGUCUCCCCGCCGGAGAGUACUGCAACUUGGCCUUGGUGGAUUACGAUUCAUCCGCAGGAACCUGUACGGGUAGCUCCACAGUCUCUGUGGAUUCCUCGGGGAACGCCAACAUCUAUAUCAGUGGGCAAAAUGAUGACACUCUACUGUACAUCCAUGUCGGUGCCUUGAAGAAUGGACCCAUCGUAGGACCUACAAAUCAGCCAACCAACCAGCCUUCAUCGGGGGGACCAACACAAGGUCCAAACCCCACUUCCCCAACUGGAUCAGAGCGCACCGUCAUUUUCAUGUACAAACCCACGAGUAACGGGCAGUUCGUGACUGUUCGUGGCGGCAUCGACACAAGUAGGCGAAGUGGGUGCGGGGCGCCGGCAGAAAGCGACAACUGCGCCAUUCCCAUCACCCACCUAAUGAAUGGCGACGAUACCUUUAAUAAGAAAAAAGCAGGGGAUCAUUUCCUCGAUUGGCACGGGAAAGAGUCGGGUCAGGAUUGGGACACAAUAGGUACCCCAAUGGUUUGGACCACUAACGAUGCAAACUACUAUAAAACAGUCGAGAAUGACGGUUACGGCUACACUCCUCUCAACAAGUGGGGGGAGCACUACUGGAUGGUUGAACUCGAUGUGGAUUGUAGCAAGACGGAGGAAGGCGGAUGGUUUGAGCUGAAGGGGUUGCUGGCAGAAAAUGAAUGGGAAAGCAAUCGCCAACAGGGCGAAUGUUCCGGCUCCAAAGGUGGAAAACCCCUGCUAUCUUCUGCAGGAAAUCAUUUCGCUCUAUGUGGCCAUGUCAACGUCUUUAAAUACAACGAGGAUUUCUGCCAGAUUGAUAACCUGUAAUCACCUUAGUGAGGCUCCAUUUGUGCAAAAUUGGGUUAAAGCUAUUUAGCUCAUCAGAUAUACUUAGUCACAACUAAAAUUUAUGAAACUAUAUCUAUAACACGUUAACAAAAUCUAAUACGUUUGCCAGGUUUCUAAAUGCAUCUUCCAUAUAAACAGGAUAUUAGAUGAAACGUAGGCCUACUGAUAAAGGUUUAAUACCGACUAGUUUCGUUGGCCUACACAUCUCGUCUUAUGGAGCCGAAUAUAACAAAUACAAUAAAGAUGGUUUGAAGUAA